AUGUAUAACAACCAUACACAUAGCAUCAACACAGCAGAAAGCCUUAGAUAUUUACCAGCUAAUAAUGAUGUAAAAAACUUAUUUUAUGAGUAUUUUGAAAAUGGUAUAUUCAUAGCUGAAGCUCAAAAAUAUCACGAACAGUGUCGACCUCCAUUAGGAGAAAAUACUACAGUAAAAAAAAAAAAAAACCGAAACCUUGGAUUGAACAUAAACUUAGACCAAACAAAUGCUAUAAGUCAUAGACCUUUUUAA